ACACGCGUUCAGGCCGCCGCCGGCAAGUGUCAUCCACAGGCAUAGACAAGCCCUAUCCUCACAAGAUCACGAAAGGUAUUCGAGUAAUGCGGGCAUGCGUAGUGCGCCUCGUGAGUCGGGCAUGUUUGCAUGAGAAGAGGCGGUGCGGGCUGGCUAUCGAUUGGCCAGAGCGAAUCCGCAGCAGGUCAAAGCGACCAGCCACCCCAUGUCUCGUCCAAGAAGCCAGAAACAAGCCCCUCUCAACCGAAGUCACGAGUUUUGUCAAGAUGCGAUUCGUCCGGUCUUACAAGUACAGUACAUGUUUCCCUUGGGAGGAUUUUGGCGACCGCCACAGGAUUCUGGCAGGGAUGGCGACAUGUGUCUGGGCGUGUUGAGACAGAAGCCAAAUUGAUGAAGGACGUUCGGCUUCUCUCGCAUGAGCCAUGAGGGUUCGAGUUUGCGCGGUGCAGGCAGCAGCAACACACCUGCAUGCCUG